AUGUAAACUCUACUUUCAGAAAAGCAUUAAGCAUUCUACAAUUUUCAUAAAUUUUAAUUAUAAGAGGGAGGAUUACCUGCGUAGUUAGUUUCUGUUUUAGCAGAUAAAUUAGAAAAGUAAACAUUCGAUUUUGCAGAAUACUUUUAAAUUUAGGAUAAUUAAAACGAUGACACCUUCUAAGUAGUAGCUUCAGCUGAUAUUUAAAAAGAUUCUAAUGUUUUUCUAAUUGACCAUUAGCUUACUUUUAAAUCUGAUGAACUUAGAAAUAUAUUAGAAAAGGAUCAAGAAUUAGUUGAAACACUUAAAUACCAUCUUUAAUAUUUUGAUGAAAAGAAAAAAAUUCCUGGAUUAGAGCAGCCUACUUAAAAAUUUAAAGGAGUCGAGGAAUAUGAUUCUUUAGAGAUAGUGGACCCUUCUACUUACAAGAUUCCAAAAACAACAGUGAGCGUUUCUUUCUUUGAUAAUUAAAUAAAGUCAUUAGAGUUAGUUAAAAUCAUGUUAAGAGAACUCCCAAAUUUGAAGUGUUUGUUUUUAAAUUACAAUCCAGUUUGCGAGGAACUUGGUUUUAAAGAUACUAUUGAAAACGAAUUCCCUUAAAUUGAAAUUUUAAAUUCAAAGCUAACAUCUAAUUCUGGGGAAUUCGGUAUAAAAUACUGCAGUUAUAAAUAUAAUUUAGACAAGACAAAUAAGAUUAAAACAGAAAUGAUUAAAUAAUUGGAUUUGUCUAAUAGAGAAGUCUUAAAUAUGAAGAGUUUUGAAGUAUUCAGCCAAUUUAAAAAUUUGGUUUAAUUGGAUGUCAGAAAAAAUGAUUUCGAUACUGAAGAUAAAUUUAAUAAAUUGCUAUAAAUUCUUUAAAAUUGCAAUAAGCUCACUAGUUUAUUCAUAGAUUUUGAAUAUGAACUUAAAUUAUGGGAUUUACAAGAGAUAGGAAAAUUGAAAGAAGUUUGUCCAACUUUAGAAAAAAUAAAUGAACGUUUUUUAAGUUACAAGAAACCUUAAGAAAAUGAAGAAGAUAUCAAGUUUAUAACAAAAAAUAUAUGGAAAUCUAUUGGAAAUUACUACAAGCUUGGAAAAAACGAAGCUGGAGAAACUCCAACUUGGUUUUUAAACUAACUUUAAGGGAUAGCUAUUCAGCAUUCAGACACACCCAAUCUGAAAAUGAUACCUUUUUAGUAUUCGCCCUCAAAUUCAGAUUAAGAUGGAUAGGAAAUAAAAUCUUAUUCUAUUGUUUGGCCUAUUUAUAAUAUACAAGCAGGAGAUCUUGUUUAUAGAGACUAUUUAGCAGGAUUUGAUGAAUCGAAACAAAGAUCUGCAAGAUUAACAACUUGGUUUAAGGUUCCCGAAGAAUACUUUGCCAAAUGCAUCUAAGAUUAUAAAAAUAAAUUAAUGCAUUAAACAUUAAUGGGGAAGAAUUUAAUAAAAUAAUUUAAAAAUUAAGAAGGCUUAAUUGUAGGAAAAGUACCUUCUUAAAGGCCCUUGAGAGUUAUUACUGAUUAUUAAUUAGUCAAAGAUAACCUAACAUUAAAAGAAUUCGAACUUAUAGAAGAUGAAUAAAAGGCAGAUGUUGCUUUUUUAGUUUACAAUUUCUAAAAUAGGCUCAAAGACUUGAUGAAUACUCAUUUAUGUAAUUAAUUCCCUUACGAGUAGUGUAUCAUUCAUAAGGCGCACCUUGCUUAGACUGUUUACUCAACUAUUGGAUAAGUAGACUGGCUAUAAUAAACAUUUAACUUAGAGUAUUAGUUAAGUGAAUUUAUUGGUGAGUAUUAAAGAAGAUAAAAUACAUUAGAAGACAAUAUUUGGAUUAUAAAGGCUUUUGAUUUAGCAAGAAGCAUGGAUAUGAUAGUUACUGAUAAUCUAGAUUAAAUAAUUAGAUAAACAGAAACUUUACCAAGGCUUGCUUAAAAAUAUAUUCAAAAUCCAUUAACUAUCUAGAAAAAGAAGAUAGAUUUAAGAUUCAUGGUUGCAGUCAGAUCUAUUAAACCCUUAGAAGUAUACAUAUAUAAAAACUUUGUUAUACGUUCCUCUAACAAUGAAUUCACUAAUGACUAUAGAUCACGUGAAAAUUAUGAAACACAUUUCACAGUCAUGAACUAUGGAGGUAAAAAAAUGAAUGAAAUCUUACAAGAAGAAUUCAUUAAAAUCUUUGAAGAAGAAAACCCAACAAUAAAAUGGAGUGAUAUUUCUAAUAAAAUAAAGAGCAUGGUAAAAGAGUUAUUCAUAGCAGUUUCCACAAAAUACCCUAAAAUGCACUGUGAAAACUCAAGAUCUGUAUAUGGAAUGGAUGUUAUGAUUGAAAACGGAACCUAUUAACCUAAACUUUUAGAAAUGACUUUCUCUCCUGACAGCAACCGUAUUUGUAAAUACUAUCCCAGUUAUUAUAACGAUUUGUUUUCACUUAUUUAUCUCAAUUAGGUAAUUUUUUUAUAUUAAUUAAUUUAAAAAACUAAUCAAUAAAUAAAUAAUAUAUUUAUAGAAUAACAUUGA